AUCAGAAGAAAAUUAACAGCAUGGCUCCUUUCUUACAUACAUCUGGAGAUUGGGUUUACAUUUCAAUAAUGUACUCUUUUAGUACUCCUUCCUAAAACUGGUAAAUAUUUUGUUAGUCUAUAUAGAGUGAGUGAUUUUUAAAUUUGUAACUUAUAAGUAUUCAUUCAUUUAAGAAUUUCAUAAAGUCUUUUUUUCAAAUCAGGUAUUUGUUGAAUGACUUCGACUGCACUUUCAAUGGCCAGUUGCCAUGAAUUAUUAAACUCUCUCUUUUUUUUUCUUCAGAAUCUUCCAGUAGACGUCUAGAGUUUAGCUAGAAGUCUUGGCUACGAUACAAACAGUGAUGGAAAACAUAUGAGCAGUAACAAGUUUUAAUCUCGCUUCUCAGUACUAACAUGGGCUAAUCUGUGGAAGCAGCUUAUUCCAGUGUCACCCAGGGUGCAGCCACACCAGGCUCUGCAGAAGGGUGUUUUUCUUUUAAAUGUAAUACCUUCUCAUAUUUUCUUCUUAAAUAGUAGCUGAGAACAUUUACGUUAUAGAUAAGUAGUACAUGGUGGAAAAUUCUACUUUCAAGAGAACUUACUCUCUUCUUACAAGAGUAAAUGGUGCUAGCCCUCAAGAAAUUGUGGCUCCAGACUAUUUUGAAGUUCUAGAUUGGUCCCCUACACAGGACAACAUGAAGGAGUAUGUGCUGCUAGUGUUCUUGACUUUGUGCUCUGCCAAACCCUUACUUCACCCUUCGUACCUGACACUGAAGAAUAUGAUGCUGAAGGACAUGGAAGACGAAGGUGAUGGUGAUGCUGACAACUCUCUUUUUCCAACAAGAGAGCCAAUUAACCCCUUCUUCCCAUUCGAUCUGUUUCCAACAUGUCCGUUUGGAUGCCAAUGCUACUCGAGAGUUGUACACUGUUCUGAUCUAGGUUUGUCCUCUGUCCCAAGCAACAUUCCAUUUGAUACCCGAAUGGUUGACCUUCAAAACAAUAAAAUUAUGGAAAUCAAAGAAAAUGAUUUUAAAGGACUCAUCUCACUUUAUGCUUUGAUUCUGAACAACAACAAGCUAACAAAGAUUCACCCCAAAGCCUUUCUAACCACAAAGAAGUUGCGAAGGCUAUAUCUGUCCCACAAUCAACUAAGUGAAAUACCACUUAAUCUUCCCAAAUCGCUAGCAGAACUCAGAAUUCAUGACAAUAAAGUUAAGAAAAUACAAAAGGAGACAUUCAAAGGAAUGAAUUCUUUACAUGUGCUAGAAAUGAGUGCAAACCCUCUUGAUAACAAUGGGAUUGAACCAGGGGCAUUUGAAGGGGUAACAGUGUUUCAUAUCAGAAUUGCAGAAGCAAAACUGACCUCAAUUCCUAAAGAACUACCUUCAACUUUACUGGAGCUACAUUUAGAUUAUAAUAAAAUUUCAACUGUGGAACUAGAGGAUUUUAAACGAUACAAAGAUCUGCAAAGGUUGGGUCUAGGAAACAACAGAAUCACAGAUAUCGAAAAUGGAAGUCUUGCUAACAUACCACGUGUGAGAGAAAUACACUUGGAAAACAAUAAACUGAAAAAAAUCCCUUCAGGAUUACAAGAGUUGAAGUACCUCCAGAUAAUCUUCCUUCAUUCUAAUUCAAUUACGAAAGUGGGAGUGAAUGACUUCUGCCCAACAGUGCCAAAGAUGAAGAAGUCUUUAUACAGUGCAAUAAGUUUAUUCAACAACCCAGUGAAGUAUUGGGAAGUACAACCUGCAACAUUUCGUUGUGUUUUGAGCAGAAUGAGUGUUCAGCUUGGGAACUUCAGAAAGUAAUAAUUAGUAAUUAGUGAUAUCCAUUUAAUGUAAAGUUCAAAAAUUGUUACAUUUGGAAUACUUGAACUCUAUUUAAAAUGGUGGUAUUAUGCACAUAAGCAAAAAAUCUAUUCCCAUGUGUUAAGUCCACUGACUUACUGUACGACAAAAAAUUUCAACAGAAUUUUGCAAAAACUAUUGAUACAUCAGGAAUAAAGGAAAUAAGUAUCUGUUGCAGUUUCCUUUUACAUAUAAAUGAUUUUGCAUAAAUCUCAUGCUUGAAUGUUCUUUCUCAGUAACAAAAAAUAAGACAUUCAGUAUUUAACACUUUGUUAUCAAGUGCAUUUAAAAAAGAACUGUACUGUAAAUGGAAUGCUUGACUUAACAAACUUUGUGCUCUUUCAUCUGCUAUUAGAAAAAGAAAAUUGACAAGUACGGUUAUAUAAAGAGUAUGUUAUAUUCUUAUUCUGUCUUUAAAAACUUGGGUAUUACUGUAAUAUUUCUAAUAAUGUUUAAGUAUGGUUUGAUAUAAUCUUAUUCAAAUUCUCAUGCCUUAGAGCCUUACUGUCUUUAUGUUUAAAACUCCUUAUAAUAAAGCCUUCAGUAAGUGUUUAUUACCAACUCAACAGAUGCUAUUCAUAACAGCUUUUUUCAAGCUGUAGCACAUGCUUUUCUUUUUAACUAUUAUUACCUGAUUAUAAAACCUCUAUAGAAAUGCAUAGUGAGUGUUUAUAUAAAAUCUCACACUUUUUAUUAUCACAGUUAUUAUAAGCUUUUAACAGUGUAUCAAUUGUUAGGUUAUAUAACACUGUCACCUCAAUGCUGAGGAAUAUUUUUGAGAUGUCCCUUUGUAAGACCUUCCUUGGAAGAGACUGGAUACUAUCAACUCUACACCAAACUGUCUCCUUAAAUAUGCACAAACUGGAUAACUCUGAAAAACACACCUGGUAUAACUGAAUAGGCAGAGCAUUAAACAGAAUGCACAGCUCUGUAUAAAAAUUAAGAGGACUUACAUAUAUUUUUGUUGGUGUUCAACAUAAGUAAAACUAGAAAAUAAGGAAAACAUUAAAAUAUUGGUUUGAAAUAAAA